AUGCCUGACAACAUUUUGGACGACAUUUCUCACCGCCGAUUCAAUCCGCUUCGUGGAAGCUGGGUUCUCGUGUCUCCCCACCGUACCAAGAGACCAUGGCAAGGACAGCAAGAAAGUCCCGGUGUCAUCGAUCUCCCUGUUUACGACCCCCAGUGCUAUCUCUGUCCCGGAAAUAAAAGAGCUUCGGGAGAAUCCAAUCCGAGUUACAAGGACACUUUUGUCUUCGUGAAUGACUUCAGUGCUGUCAAGGAAUCACAAGACGAUUACACCUCACCAGAUGCCUCGGGAAGCUUGUCAUCCGUUUUAUUACAAGCAGAACCUGUCACGGGAAAAUGCUACGUUCUGACUUUCAGCGCCGCUCACAACAUUACGCUGGCAGACAUGUCUCCUGCAGAGAUCCUACCCAUCGUGAGGACCUGGAUGGAUAUUUACAUGGCGCAUACUUCCCCCAGUUUCCCUCUCGCGACCUUAGAGAGACCGACUCAUCUCCCUCCUUCCAGCCCUCACGCAGAUGUUGGAAGACCUAAGGAUCAGUAUCGGUGGAUGCAAAUAUUCGAGAACAAGGGUGCUGCAAUGGGCUGUUCAAACCCGCAUCCCCAUGGACAGAUUUGGAUCACGACUUCAUUGCCUGAGGAACCCGCCAUUGAAUUGGAGCAAUUGAGAAAAUAUCAUCGUGAGCAAGGCGGUGCACACAUGCUGGUCGACUAUGCCCAGCUGGAACGAGAGAAGAACGAGCGGGUCGUCUUUCGGAACGAGACCUUUCUUGUGGUCUGUCCGUGGUGGGCAACUUGGCCUUUUGAGACCAUGAUUCUCCCAGUCAAACACAUCCACUCGCUGAUCGACCUGACCGACGAUGAACAAAUGCACCUAGCAGAGGCGAUUGCGGAAAUCACGCGACGAUAUGACAACCUGUUUGAAACAAGCUUUCCAUACAGUAUGGGCAUACAUCAAGCGCCGCUUGACGGGAGCAAUGAAGAGAUUGAAUGUUCCAGUCUCCAUUUCCACUUCUAUCCUCCGCUUUUGAGGAGCGCAACCGUCAGGAAAUUCCUUGUCGGGUAUGAAAUGCUGGCAGAACCGCAAAGAGAUAUCACCCCCGAACAAGCGACGGUCAGGCUUCAAGGUUGCGGGGGGGAACUGUACAGGAAAAAGCUUCAGAAGAAAGGAGAAUAA